GCCAGCCCUGGGCAAAGUCCCCUGCCCGGGAAGCCGUAGCCAGUAAUGGAGUAACUACGGAGUAGGGAAGGUAAAGUGACGUAAUGACCAAAAUAGGUGUAACUCCCCCCCGACUGGAGCCCAGUGACUGGGAGCCGCAGCGGCGAGUUCACACGUUCUCUGCCCGUCCGUCCCUCUUCCUGUCUGUUUGUCUGUGUGGUGCGACCUGCCUCCUGCCUGCUGUCUCUCUCUCUCUCUCUCUGACUAAGGCUACAAGCCCAUUUGCCUAAUUAACUAACUGUUAAUGAACUAGCUACUGCGGGAGAACACCACAUU